AUGGCAUCGCGGGUCUUCGCCCUUAUUAUUGGCAUCGACACUUAUGUUUCGCACAAGAUCGCGAAUUUAUCCGCCUGCGUCUCCGACGCUCUUCGGAUCCGCAAUUGGCUCGUCGACGACCUCGACGUCCCAGCCGAGAAUACAUGUGUACUUCUGAACGACAAAGCCACCAAGCAGCACAUUGAAAAUGCUUUCAUGACCCACCUCGUCAGCAACCCACAGAUAGAACGCGGCGACGCUAUACUUGUCUACUUCGCCGGCCACGGGAGCAGCGUACCCGCUCCCGAUGGCUGGUGCAGCGGCGACGCAGAACGCGUGGAGGUGCUGUGCACGCACGACCACGACACGAUCCCGGCAGGCGCAAGCUCCGUUGAAGGCGCGAGAAUAUCCGGCCUCACUGACUGGUCUCUACACGCCAUGCUACGCGACCUAUGCUCCUCCAAAGGCGACAACGUUGUCGUCAUGCUCGACUGCUGCUUCAACCCCGUCCGCGACAAGCUGAAGACACGAAAACCAGGAAACCUGAAUCGCCGUCGUCGGUCCAUUCGCUGGACCCCCACGAGCGAUAACGUCACUCCAGAAGAUCUCUAUGCGGGCUUGUGGCCCAGCGCUCUGGCGAAUGGUGGGAUUCCGACGACGACGUCGCAGGGGCAAAGUCGUGGGUUCGCGCAGGAGGCGGUACCGUAUGUGACGCUUCUCGCAUGUAGUCCUGGAGAACGCACGGUAGAGGACCACAAGUUCGGUGGAAGGUUCACGAGCGCCUUCCUCGAAGCCAUCGAGGAAGACGUCUCCCUCCACCAAACGUCCUACUCUGACCUCGUCUUCAACCUCUUCAUUGCGGAUGGAUCGCAGCAUGCGGUUUGUACGGGGCAACAUCGCGGACGGCCGUUCUUCGAUGGAGUGCCGUUUGUGGAGGACGGGACGUUCAUUGCUUGUGUACGGGUGGACGAUCAUGUUCGCGUCGAGGCGGGGGCGAUACAUGGGGUGGUCGUGGACACCUGUUUUACGCUCCACGAUCAUAAUUCCCGAGGAUCGCUCAACCCUGCGUUGGCGAACCUCGUGGCGUUUGAGGUGCAUCCUGCGUGGUGUCUGGCGCGACCGCGCGGAAGCGUACCGCUGAGGAGGACGAUCGGAACGGGCUGGGUGCGUAUAACGAGGUGGGACGGUGCUGGAAGUGAACGUCCUUUGCGUGUGCAUUUGAAGAGGGCGUUGCCCCGCGUUCCCCUGCCUUGGAAGUUGUGGAAGCGAAAUCGUUCGCUGUCACGCAUUGUACGCGGUGGAUCCACGGAGAGCGGAUACGGUGUUAAAACCGUCUCGAGACGAGCAGAGGCGGAUGUUUCCCUCCAUGUGAGGCCCAAAUCCGUCGUCGUCGAAGACCGCGGUAUUUCGGUCACAAAAUUGAAGGAUUCUGAGGAAAUUGCAGUUGUCAAUGCUCCCGCGACUAAUAUACGACAGGAUGCGCAUGUCCUCGACUGUAUCGCCGGAUUUCACUAUCACCUCAACCGUGACCACCCUAGUCCUUCCCACCCAUUCCGGGACCAAGUCUCCCUCAAACUCUUCCGGAAAACCGACUCAGACUCGACUCCGACCGAAGUCCCUCUCAUCAAGGAUAGCAAUGACGAAGCGAUAAGUUCCGUCCACGUCGAAGCCGGGGCCACAUACUCUCUCAUCCUCGACAACCAAUCCUCCUCCGAUCUAUGGCCCUACAUCUUCUGGAUGGACGCAGACACCUACUCUCGCACCUCCGUCUAUCGGCCCUACCAUACCCCCACACCCCCGCUGCUCAGUAACUCUCAACUGAAGAUCCCGGCGGGUGGCGUUGGCGCGUCGGUGCCCCUGUGGCACUUGCAGCUCGCGGACGUCACAUUGGACGGGAAGACGCGAAGGACGGGUACGGGUACGGGGUUCUUCAAAGUGUUUUUGUCAACUGCUUAUGUGCCGAGUAUGAGGAUAUUGGAGUUGGGUGCUAGGUUGGCGAGCUCCUAUGUGGCUGGCGAUGAGAACGAGGUUGCAGGCAUGUCUGCAGGGAGAGACGGAGACGGGACGGGUGGUAGUGAGGAUGACGGAGCGUCGAGGAAGGAGAAACGAAGUUCGACGUUGCAGGAGGUUUGGGAUACGAUUGCGGUAAGGGUUACUAUAGGGCGAGCUGCGAAGCAUUGA